CACCAUCUCCUAUGCACACCUCGCAGAACACCACAUACUCUCACUCCUUCUCAUGAUCACCUGAACUGACAGCCGCCGUUGGGACUGCGGCGUCUGUCCCCCACGCCCACCGCUGCAAGGCCUCCCCCACUCGGCGAUCGCCGAUGACGCUGCCCACCAGUUUAUAAUGAGACCAGGACGGCUUGGCUUCAACCUCUCCCUCGCUUUGCCGCAUCGCCCAUCCACCCACCAUGGAGAAGCACACGGACGACGGCAUUCCCGCUCCAGCAUCUACGCCACAGCGCCAGAGCUGGUCGAAAGCGCGCAUCGCCGUCGCCGGCAUCGCGCUCCUCUCCUUCGUGACCCUCCUGCCCGCCUCGCCAGGCUGCCUGCACGGCUUCAAGGCCGAGCCGUAUGCGCUCGAGCACGCGCGCUGCCCCGCCCAGCCGAAACCCUUGCAUCCCGCGACCACGAUCCACUGGGACGACGAGAAGCGCGCCGCGUCGAUCGAGCUGUUCCGCGCGGCGGUGCGGAUCCCGACACAGAGCUACGACGAUAAUGGCGACCCUGGGGUCGACCCCCGCUGGGCGCCGUUCCAUGACUUUAUUGACUGGCUUGGUGGCGCCUUCCCUACGGCUUGGAAGGAGGCCAAUGUCGAGUUUGUGAACACACUCGGCAUCGUCGCAACAUUCCAAGGCUCAGACGAGAGCCUGAAGCCACUGCUUCUCAUGUCGCACUACGAUGUCGUUCCCGUCCCUAACAACACCUUUAGGCGGUGGACCCACGGGCCGUUCAGCGGCGACCUCGCCGACGGGUGGGUAUGGGGCCGUGGCUCGGCGGACGACAAGUCGCUCCUCGUGUCGCAGUGGGAGGCGAUCACGUUCCUCCUCGAAAGCGGAUGGAAGCCGCGGCGGACGGUGAUUAUCACCCACGGCUUCGACGAAGAAGAGGUGCACGCGCGGCGUGGGCAGGGGCAGAUCGCGCCGUUCCUCGAGAAGCGGUAUGGGCGGAACGGCUUGCUGAUGGUGGUGGACGAAGGGUCGGGCACCGGCGAGAUGUACGGCGGCGCGUUCGCGCUCCCCGGCACAGGCGAGAAGGGAUACCUCGACAUCGUGAUGCGGGUAGGCACGCCGGGCGGGCACAGCUCCAUGCCGCCGCGGCACACCGGCAUCGGGAUCAUGGCGCAGCUCGUCAAUGCGCUCGAGGAGAAUCCGUUCGAGAGCACGCUCACGCCCGCCUCACCGCUGCUGCAGGGCGUCGCGUGUCUCGCGCAGAGCAAGUCCUUCCCGAAGAAAUACAAGCCCCUCCUCAAGACCCAGAAGGGGUGGGCGAAGCUCGCGCGCCUCAUGGCUGACGAGGGCGCUAUGCAGCGCGCCCUCGUGACUACCACAAUUGCUGUCGACGUCAUCAACGGUGGCGUGAAAGUCAACGCCCUACCGGAGCUCGUGGAGGCCUACGUCAACUUCCGCAUCGACUUCUCCGAGUCGCUCAAGUCCACCAAGGCGCACGUGGAGAAGAUUGCCGCCAAGGUCGCGAAGAAGCACGAUCUCGAGUUCCGCGCGUGGAGCGGCGACGAGAAGAAUCCCCCGUCAGGCCGCUUCCUCACCCUUGAGGUGCUUGGUGCACCCCUCGAGCCCGCGCCGAACACACCUACCAGCGGUGGCGUUUGGGAGCUCUUUGCGGGCACGGUGCGCGCCGCCAUCCCCUCGCCGGACGGAGAGCCGCUUAUCGUCGCGCCCUUCGCUACGCCUGGCAACACUGACUGCAAGAUGUACUACAACCUCACUAGAAACGUCUACCGCUUCAUGGGGAGCAACAUGGCUAACAUGGCCAACAUUCACACCGUUGAUGAGAAGUUUAAGGCCGACGAGCACCACCGCGUCGUCGACUGGGUGCAUGCGCUCAUCCAGAACGCGGACGCAUACAAUGGCGAGCAGUAGACGAUGAAUAAGGUAAGACCCAGACAAUGUUCCGUAAUGUACAUGCAGCGUGCAGAUCUAGACUCUAUACCUCGCUCUCAGAGUACACGUUGUACCGCCCCGGUCGUUGCCAUGGGUACUGGGCGUCGGCGUGGGCCUGGGCCAGCGCGUCGAGCUGGGACACACCCGCGUUCCACCCGCCCGCCGCGCCACCAACGCCCGCCGGUCUAACCUCCCAUCCCUCGCUUCCCCGCCGGACACGCG